GGGCCCGUUUAUAAAACUGUACCAACCGUCAGUACGUUUAUAGUAAAUUCACAUCAUCAACCAGAGCAGACCGCAGAGCAGUAUUUUAGAUUUUUUCGUCGUAGAUCAAUUCAAAAAUCCAAAUCAGCAAAAUGGAUGACGAUGUUGCGCCUUUGGUUGUCGACAACGGCUCUGGUAUGUGCAAGGCUGGUUUCGCCGGCGAUGACGCACCCCGUGCUGUCUUCCCGUCCAUUGUAGGCAGACCACGUCAUCAAGGUGUUAUGGUCGGUAUGGGACAAAAGGAUAGCUACGUAGGAGAUGAAGCCCAAAGCAAACGUGGUAUCCUUACUUUGAAAUAUCCCAUUGAACACGGAAUCAUCACCAACUGGGAUGAUAUGGAGAAAAUAUGGCAUCAUACUUUCUACAAUGAACUUCGUGUUGCCCCAGAAGAACAUCCAACACUGUUGACCGAAGCCCCAUUGAAUCCAAAGGCUAACCGUGAAAAGAUGACCCAAAUUAUGUUUGAAACUUUCAACACUCCUGCUAUGUAUGUUGCCAUCCAAGCUGUAUUAUCUUUAUACGCUUCUGGCCGUACCACUGGUAUUGUUUUGGACUCAGGUGACGGUGUCUCCCACACUGUUCCCAUCUAUGAAGGUUAUGCAUUACCUCACGCUAUUCUUCGUUUGGACUUAGCUGGUCGUGACUUGACCGACUACUUAAUGAAAAUCUUGACCGAGAGAGGUUACAGCUUCACCACUACUGCUGAGCGUGAAAUCGUCCGUGACAUCAAAGAAAAAUUAUGUUAUGUCGCUCUGGACUUCGAACAGGAAAUGGCCACAGCCGCCGCUUCUACUUCCUUAGAGAAAUCCUAUGAAUUACCUGACGGACAAGUCAUAACCGUCGGUAACGAACGUUUCCGUUGCCCAGAAUCCUUGUUUCAACCAUCAUUUUUGGGAAUGGAAUCUUGCGGUAUCCACGAAACUGUAUAUAACUCCAUCAUGAAAUGUGACGUUGACAUCAGAAAGGACUUAUACGCUAACACUGUACUUUCUGGAGGUACAACUAUGUACCCAGGAAUUGCUGACAGAAUGCAAAAGGAAAUUACCGCAUUGGCUCCUAGCACAAUCAAGAUUAAGAUUAUUGCCCCACCAGAACGUAAAUACUCCGUAUGGAUCGGUGGUUCCAUCUUAGCUUCUCUAUCUACCUUCCAACAAAUGUGGAUCUCUAAACAAGAAUACGAUGAAUCCGGUCCAGGAAUUGUUCACCGUAAAUGUUUUUAAGUCACUCUAAGCAUUACAAAAAUUAAAAUUUUAUUUUAAAUAUUA